AUGUCUGAAGACAAAGAAUGUCUGACAGCCAGAAACAUCCAUUUUGUUUGUGUUGUGGUCUUAAUAGUUGGAAACAUAAUCCAGUUCUCAGACGAGAAUGAGUUUGCAGUAGACAUAUCAAAAAGAAGACUUACUCAGAUCCCCAAAAACCUACCACCAAAAACCAAAAUCUUGGAUCUUUCUCAUAACCACAUAUCUGAACUUCACAUCUCUGACAUCAACUUCAUGGCAGGCCUGGAAGUUUUGAUACUUUUCCAUAAUAUGAUCCAGCAACUUGAUUUGAGUGUUUUCCAGUUCAACCAGGAUUUGGCAUACUUGGAUCUAUCUCACAAUCAAUUGUGGAAGAUAUCAUGCCACCCUGUUGUGAGUCUCAAAUAUUUAGACCUCUCAUUCAAUGACUUUGAUAUUCUACCCAUCUGUAAGGAAUUUGGCAACUUGCCUCAGUUGGACUUCUUGGGACUAAGUGCUAGAAGUUUUCACCAAUUAGAUCUCCUACCCAUUGCUCACUUGAAUCUAAGUGACCUCCUUCUAGAUUUAGAACGCUAUAAUGUUAAAGGAAAUGAAAGAGAAAAUCUUCAAAUUCUGAACACAAAGAAACUUCACCUUGUUUUUCACCCAAAUAGUUUAUUCACAGUCCAAGUGAAUAUAUCAGUUAGCACUUUAGAGUUCUUAGAGCUGACCAACAUUAACUUAAAUGAUGAGAACUGCCACGUUUUAAUUAACUUUUUAUCAACACUCACCAGAGGUCCAAGCUUGCUAAAUUUCACCUUGAACCAUGUGAAGACAACUUGGAGAUGUUUGGUUAUAAUUUUUCAGUUCCUUUGGCCCAAACCUGUAGAGUACCUCAAUAUUUACAAUUUAACCAUAGUUGAAAUCAAAAGAGAGUAUAUUAUUACUUAUUCUCCAACUACACUGAAAGCACUGAAAAUAGAGCAUGUUACAAAGACAGUUUAUAUUUUUUCACAGGAUGCAAUAUAUAUAGUGUUUUCUGAGAUGAACAUUGAGAUGUUAACCAUGUCAGAUACACCUUUUAUCCAUAUGCUUUGUCCUCAAAAACCAAGCACAUUCAAGUUCUUGAACUUUACCCAGAAUGUUUUCACAGACAGUGUUUUCGAAAAUUGUUCCACUUUAGUUAGACUGGAGACACUCAUCUUACAAAGGAAUGGGCUGAAAAAUCUUUUCAAAGUAGGUCUCAUGACUAAGAAUAUGACAUCUUUGAAAAUACUGGAUGUUAGCUGGAAUUCUUUGGAAUUUAAUAGGCACAAAGAAAAUUGUGUUUGGGUUGAGAGCAUAGUAGUGUUGAAUUUGUCUUCAAAUAUGCUUACUGAUUCUGUUUUCAGCUGUCUGCCUCCCAGGGUCAAGGUACUUGAUCUUUGUGACAACAGAAUAAAGAAUAUCCCUAAACAGAUCAGGAAGCUAGAAGCUUUGCAAGAACUAAAUGUUGCUUUCAAUUCUUUAAUUGACCUUCCUGGAUGUGGUACCUUUAACAGCUUGUCUGUACUGAUCAUUGACCACAAUUCACUAUCCAACCCAUCAACUGACUUCUUCUCCAGUUGUCAGAAGAUUAGGUCAAUAUCAGCAGGGAACAAUCCAUUCCAGUGUUCAUGUGGACUAAGAGAAUUUAUAAAAAAUGUAGGCCAGUUAUCAAGUGAAGUGGUAAAAGACUGGCCUGCAUCUUAUCAGUGUGCCUACCCAGAAAGCUAUAAGGGAACUGCACUAAAGGACUUCCACAUGCCUCAGUUAUACUGCAACACAGCUCUGCUGAUCAUCACCAUUGGGGUCACUAUGCUGGCGUUGGCAGUAACUGUGACCUUCCUCUGCAUCUACUUGGAUGUACCUUGGUACCUCAGGAUGAUCUGGCAGUGGACCCAGGCCCGACACAGGGCUAGGAGCAUACCUUUAGAAGAGCUCCAAAGAAAUCUCAAGUUUCAUGCUUUUAUUUCAUACAGUGAAAAUGAUUCUGUCUGGGUGAGGGAUGAAUUACUACCACACCUAGAAAAUGAAGACAUACGGAUUUGCCUCCAUGAGAGAAACUUUCUGCCUGGUAAGAGUAUCAUUGAAAAUAUCAUAAACUGCAUUGAGAAAAGUUACAAGUCCAUUUUUGUCUUAUCACCCAACUUUGUCCGAAGUGAGUGGUGCCAUUAUGAACUUUACUUUGCCCACCAUAAACUGUUUCAUGAAGGGUCUGAUAAUUUAAUCCUCAUCUUGCUGGAACCGAUUUCAAGAGACAACAUUCCGAGCAAGUAUCACAAGUUGAAGGCUCUAAUGGCUCAGCGGACUUACUUGGAAUGGCCUGCCGAGAAGAGCAAACGUGGGCUUUUUUGGGCUAAUGUUACAGCUGCUUUUAAUAAGAAAUUAUCCCUAGACACUGAAAACAAUGAAGUAGAAACUUAA